AUGUCGGCGAAAGACUUCUUCUCCAUCACGGAUCCCGUGCAGAAGGAGCAGGCGAAACACAUGAUUAGCAAGCUGCAGUCUAAGAUUCUCUACAGUGAGAAGUACUACGACAACGAGUACGAGUAUCGGCACGUCAUCCUGCCGAAGGACUUCUCCCGCCUAGUCCCCCGCACACGCCUGAUGGAGGAGUCGGAGUGGCGCCAGUUGGGUGUGCAGCAGUCGGUCGGGUGGCGCCACUACAUGUCCCACAAGCCGGAGCCGCACGUGCUGCUCUUCAAGCGCCCCAAGACGCAGGGAUGA